AUGUCUACGGGAGAAGGCCAGGGAAGUCGCAAAAGACGCAAAAAGGAGCUCAGAGCAUGUACAAGUUGCAGAAAGCGAAGGGUAAAAUGUAACUUUGAGAUCCCGUGUAGUCGCUGCAUAGAUCGCAACCGAGCAAGCCUGUGCACCCGAGAGCCUGACGCGGAAGUGGAGCAGGUAAAUCAAGAGUUAGACGUCCUUCAGGAAAACAAAAUACUUAGGGACAAGGUACUAGAGCUGGAGGAACUGAUUUUGCAGGCCAGAAAUCACCAGGACACCGACGAAAGCACACAGGACCUUGAAAUCGAGCCAAUCGAGGAUGAUAACUGGAGUUAUUACGUCCACGCAAUCGCAUCUGCAAAGCAGAUUUCUCUAGGCUGGCUGGGCGAGGAAACAGGAAUUGCAGACACCGAGGACUGGCUGCUGGCGAAUUACGAGGACCCCACCGCAGAAAAUGAAGAUGUGUGGUGCUACUACUACGAAAAGGUCAAUGGCAUAGAAAAGCACAUUUCGCAGAGAAUACUCCAGGAAGCACGCAAAGUUUCGUUUUUGUAUAACGUGAUAGACUGGGACAAGUUCUGGAGGGAAUAUAACCAACACUGGGAAACUGAGGCAGAGCGACAUAUUGCACCAUUCUACUCCAAGGACAAAUGGAAGUACCUUUUUAUGUGCCAGUAUUACCUGUUGUUAUGCAUUGGGUUAUACUACUCGGAUGAUUGUCUUCAGCAAGACAUUGGGUACUCUAGUGAGGAGUGGGAGCUGUUCCCCAAAGUGUUUUUUUCGUGUGCAUUCCAGUGUUUGAUGCGAGGACGGAUUCUCACUUACCCAGACGUGAUGUCUGUACAGUGCUUCUGCCUAUUGAGACUGUGUGCACCAAUGCUGGGCGGUUAUAACCUGCUAAACUCUUUGCUAGAAGUUAUGUGCUACCACGCGCGGCUCCUGGGUCUCGACAAGCUAUCUGCCUCGGACGACCAGUUCAAAAUAAUGUGCUGGUGGUCGCUGGUUAUUACCGACUGGCACGACUCUGAGUUUCGCCACUCCUCCAUCCAGCUUAACAGCUUUUCGACGCCACUGCCCCUGAAAUAUGGUCUAGCUAAAAAAAUCAACGAGCACAGCUACUACCAUCUGUUCAACGCGCGGAUUGCACUCAUCAAAAAACGCUACUACUAUAACCCGUCGCCGUCGCUAGACCACCUCAUAACUGCAGAGGCAGAGCUGCACGAGCUCGAGAUGGAGCUGGUCUCCGACCUCGAGCAAUUUCCUUCUAGCAUGCCCUCCUCGCAUCACGUCAAAUUUCUUAUCAAGUUCAUUCUGCUUUACGAAAAACUCACCAUCUGCUGCAAAAUCGCCUCCUGCAUAGCCAAGCCUGAAUGGCUCCAAAAAUACCACCGACGCUGCUUUGCGCAUGCCGACCAGAUCGUCCGCAUCUACCUGUCUCCUGAAACCCCGACGGCAUAUAAAAAGCCGUGGUUUAUGGCCGACAUGACGGUUUCGGCGAUGGUGUUUCUUCUGGUGGACGCGUUUCUCAACGAGCACGCCAUUUGUACACAAGAGAAAGCCAUUGGCGUGGCCCAGCAGCUUGUGGCCGUGCUGACCUCGUUUUCGCAACUGGUUCGACCGGCUUUGCGUGGGGCCCAGGUUAUUGAAAAAAUAAUUGAUUAUUUAAUUCGCGACGCUAGCGGAAUAGCCAGAGAUAUUGCCGAGACUAGCUCGUCUCCUAUCCAUUACGGCGGGCUUUUGGAGAUUCCUUGGCACGAGCUGUCGCAGGCGUUUCGGGAAAGUCCUUCGGCCGGCGACUACAAAUCGCCGGCCUAA